UCUCCCCCAGGAUUCUGCCCUCAGAAGCAUGUGAAAUAGAUUACUUCAUUUAAAGUAGGAAAAUAGCGGCGCGCUUUUCUGGCUCUCCAGACCCUUCCCAGGAUGGAGGCCAUCACAUUCACAGCACGAAGGCACGCAUUCCCUAACGAGGUCUCCGUGGACUUCGGCUUGCAGCUCGUGGGCUCCUUACCUGUGCAUUCUCUCACCACCAUGCCCGUGCUGCCGUGGGUGGUAGCCGAGGUGCGGAGACUCAGUGGCCAGUGCUCCAGAAAGGAGCCUGGGAUGAAGCAAGUGCGGCUUUGGGUCUCGCCCUCCGGACUGAAAUGUGAACCUGACCUGAGGAAGAGCCAGCAGUGGGACCCACUGAUCUGCUCCAGCAUCUUUGAGUGCAAGCCUCAGCGUGUCCACAAACUGAUCCACAACAGUCAUGACCCGAGCUACUUCGCCUGUCUUAUUAAGGAGGAUGCCACCCAGAGUCAGAGCCUCUGCUAUGUGUUUAAAGCAGAUGAUCAAACAAAAGUGCCUGAGAUCAUCAGCUCCAUCCGGCAGGCCGGCAAGAUCGCCCGCCAGGAAGAGCUGCGCUGCCCCUCCGAGUUCGACGACACUUUCGCCAAGAAGUUCGAGGUGCUCUUCUGUGGCCGGGUCACUGUGGCCCACAAGAAGGCGCCGCCCGCGCUGAUCGACGAGUGCAUCGAGAAGUUCAACCACGUGAGCGGCGGCGGCAGGGCCGACCAGGACGCGCCCACGGGGCCACCGUCGGCGCCCGGCCCCCGGCCCAUGCGCAAGUCCUUCUCCCAGCCCGGACUGCGCUCGCUGGCCUUCCGGAGGGAGUUCCAGGACGCCGGCCUCCGCAGCAGCACCUUCAGCUCCUUCGACGACGGCAUCGAGAACCACCUCAUCGGCGGACACAGUGUGGUGCAGCCCACAGAUAUUGAGGAGAACCGGACGAUGCUCUUCACGAUUGGCCAGUCUGAAAUUUACCUCAUCAGUCCUGACACCAAAAAGAUUGCAUUGGAGAAAAAUUUUAAGGAGAUCUCCUUUUGCUCUCAGGGUAUUAGGCAUGUGGACCACUUUGGGUUUAUCUGCCGGGAGUGCUCUGGUGGCGGCGGCUUUCAUUUCGUCUGUUACGUGUUCCAGUGCGCAAAUGAGGCCCUGGUGGACGAGAUCAUGAUGACCCUGAAGCAGGCCUUCACGGUGGCUGCAGUGCAGCAGACUGCGAGUGCUCCGGCCCAGCUGUGCGAGGGCUGCCCCUUGCAGGGCCUGCACAAGCUCUGUGAGAGGAUAGAGGGAAUGAAUUCAUCUAAAACCAAAUUGGAACUCCAGAAGCACCUGACCACACUGACCAAUCAGGAGCAGGCAACUAUCUUCGAGGAAGUUCAGAAAUUGAGACCAAGAAACGAGCAGCGGGAGAAUGAAUUAAUUAUUUCUUUUUUGAGAUGUUUAUAUGAAGAGAAGCAGAAAGAGCACAGCCACACUGGGGAGCCGAAGCAGACCCCUCAGGUGGCAGCAGAGAACAUUGGGAGUGAACUGCCCCCCAGUGCCAGCCGGUUCAGGCUAGAUUCACUGAAGAACAGAGCAAAGAGGUCUUUAACAGAGUCCUUGGAAAGCAUUCUGUCUCGGGGUAAUAAAGCCAGAGGCCCGCAGGCCCACUCUGCCAGCACGGACCUGGACAGCUCUACUUCUAGUACUCUAAGUAACACCAGCAAAGAGCUAUCCAUGGAUGACAAGGAGGCCUUGCCCAUCUCUGAGAGCUCCUUCAAGCUUCUUGGCUCUUCAGAUGACCUGUCUAGUGACUCAGAGAGCCACAUUGCAGAAGAGUCCGCUCUGUUGUCACCCCAGCAGGCGUUCAGAAGGAGAGCCAACACCUUGAGCCAUUUCCCUGUCGAGUGCCUGGUGCCCCCAGAACCUGCUCAGAGCUCUCCAGGGGUCUCUCAAAGAAAGCUCAUGAGGUAUCACUCCGUGAGCACAGAGACGCCUCAUGAAUGCAGUGUGGACCAUCUUCCUGGGGGUGAGUCUAAGUGUUGCUCAGGGCAGCCUUCAGCCCCUCCUCCGCCUCGUCUUAACCCCUCCGCCUCCUCACCAAACUUUUUUAAGUACCUAAAACACAGUUCAAGUGGAGAACAGAGUGGCAAUGCUGUGCCCAAAAGUGUCUCCUACCGUAAUGCCCUGCGGAAAAAACUCCAUUCUUCCUCCUCUGUGCCAAAUUUUCUAAAAUUUCUGGCUCCUGUAGAUGAAAAUAACACCUGUGACUUUAUGAGCACGAACAGGGACCUUGAAUCCAAAGCAAACCACCUGGGCGACACAGACGGGACCCCCAUGAAGACCCGGCGGCAUUCCUGGAGACAGCAGAUAUUCCUUCGAGUGGCCACUCCACAGAAGGCCUGUGACUCCCCAAGCAGAUACGAAGAUUAUUCAGAGCUGGGAGAGCUCCCUCCACGAUCCCCGUUAGAACCUGUGUGUGAGGAUGGACCAUUUGGCCCUGUACCUGAAGAAAAGAAGAGGACCUCGCGCGAGCUUCGAGAGCUGUGGAAAAAGGCGAUUCUGCAACAGAUCCUGCUGCUCAGGAUGGAGAAGGAGAAUCAGAAGCUACAAGCUUCUGAGAAUGAUUUGCUGAACAAACGCCUGAAGCUUGAUUAUGAAGAAAUCACUCCCUGUCUUAAAGAAGUAACUACAGUGUGGGAAAAGAUGCUUAGCACUCCAGGAAGAUCCAAAAUUAAGUUUGACAUGGAAAAAUUGCACUCAGCUGUUGGGCAAGGUGUGCCUCGUCAUCACCGGGGUGAGAUCUGGAAGUUUCUAGCUGAGCAGUUCCACCUUAAACAUCCAUUUCCCAGUAAACAGCAGCCCAAGGAUGUGCCCUACAAAGAGCUGUUGAAGAAGCUAACCUCGCAGCAGCAUGCCAUCCUCAUCGACCUUGGGCGAACCUUUCCAACGCACCCAUACUUCUCUGCCCAGCUUGGAGCAGGCCAGCUGUCACUGUACAACAUUCUGAAGGCCUACUCGCUCCUGGACCAGGAAGUAGGAUACUGCCAAGGUCUCAGCUUUGUGGCAGGCAUUCUGCUUCUUCAUAUGAGUGAGGAGGAGGCGUUCAAGAUGCUCAAGUUCUUGAUGUUUGACAUGGGGCUGCGGAAACAGUAUCGGCCAGACAUGAUUAUUUUACAGAUCCAGAUGUACCAGCUGUCGCGGCUCCUCCACGACUACCACAGAGACCUCUACAACCACCUGGAGGAGCACGAGAUCGGCCCCAGCCUCUACGCAGCUCCCUGGUUUCUCACCGUCUUCGCCUCACAGUUCCCACUUGGCUUUGUAGCCAGAGUCUUCGAUAUGAUCUUCCUUCAGGGGUCAGAGGUCAUAUUUAAAGUGGCCUUAAGUCUCUUGGGGAGCCAUAAGCCCUUGAUUCUGCAGCAUGAAAACCUGGAAACCAUAGUGGACUUCAUAAAGAACACACUCCCCAACCUGGGCUUGGUGCAGAUGGAGAAGACCAUCAGUCAGGUGUUUGAGAUGGACAUUGCCAAACAACUACAAGCCUAUGAGGUUGAGUACCAUGUGCUCCAAGAAGAACUUAUCGAUUCUUCUCCUCUCAGUGAUAACCAAAGAAUGGACAAAUUGGAAAAAACCAACAGCAGCUUACGCAAACAGAACCUUGACCUCCUGGAACAAUUGCAGGUGGCAAAUGCCAGGAUCCAAAGCCUUGAAGCCACAGUGGAGAAGCUUGUGAGCAGCGAGAGCCAGCUGAAGCAGGCGGCGCUGGCCCUGGAGGUGGAGCGCUCCGCCCUGCUGCAAAUGGUGGAGGAGCUGCAGAGAGCCCAGCCCGCCGGUGCGCGGGGACGCACGGAGCCCACAGGUGACUGACCACCUGGGAGAGACUGCGCACCACUGACUGUCCAGGCCUUAAUGGAGAGACGCAGCAGCUGGAGGCAGAGGAGGGAGAACUUCUCAGGGAGGAAGCUGGCUCGCCAGCCUGCAGAUUCUUCUUUUGAGCUCAGACUUGGAGUUUGGGAGGGCAAAAGUCCCAGAGUUUUUGUUGUUUUCGGUUCUAAUUCGUCCCCUUUCCAGUCCUGGUGGUUGUAGCUUUAGACGGCAUGGACAUGAAUAAAUGUACCUUUAUGGUUCCUCCUCCUUCAGAGGCACAGUGUUUGAAAAGGGCAGUCAUGACACCAGUGUUUCAGAAGCAAGAAGGGCUUGAAAUAAUCCCUCAGGCAAAAGUGUGAUCCUUUGUCAGUCUGCAGGGAAAGUUCCUGUGCACACCCUCGGUGUCGCCAUGAGGUGCAACGGGCCCCGUGUCCACUUUUACUAUGGAAUCCUGAGAGGACCACGGGGAGGACUACAAGGGGGUUGUUUCAAUUGGACAUCAGUCGUUACUGACUCCACAGUCACUCCCCUGGUACUGAAGAAGCUCAUGUUUUACAGUGUUUUGAUAUGUUGUUGCUCAUCCUUUCAAGUUGUGGUAGGUAAAUGUCUCAUAAGGAAAUCACAGUCUUUAGACUCCCUGUUAUUGUUAGUGUGGGACCUGCAGCCACGGGGUCUGAGAUAUUUAGUUCUUUGUGGUUGUUUCACAUUCACACUAGAGGGUCGUGUAUUUAUUUUUCUCUGUGGAAUGAUGUACCACAGCCAUGUCUUCCUUUGAGCCUUGACCCCUUGGAAAUCUGACUCCUUAUAUAAGGAACAGAGCACAUCAAGAUUUCAAGGGCUCUAAGAUUCUGAAAUGUCGCAAAAGAAACCAGGCUAAGAUUGCAAUCAGACCUAUGGCAGCUGACAGCUUUUCAGAGGUAGGGUGUGUUUUGAAAAGUACUCAAAGCACAGUGACUUCUCCUUGAGAUGGCGAGGACCCUGUGCCUUCAGGCAGAGUGCCACUGACAGUCACCUGCUUCCAGCUGGUCCUGUGGAGGGCACCGCCCAGAUGUGUGACAACCCUUUUUUACAUACAAAGGCUUAGGGAGGCGGACCCAUCCUGCCUUGCCCUCUGCUGGCUGGCCCUCCUGUUCACAGGGCCUUAUAAGCCUGCUGUGUGGGGAGAGGCCAUCAGCCUUGGCUCCAUUUGGGAUCUCCUGUCCCUCUUUAGAGGGACACCAAAUGGCUGGAGGUGUGUAGGACUCCCUCCUGGUCUUGCAUGGAGAAGAAUCCUCUCCACAAGCCAACAUGACCCGUCCCAGGGGCCACUCUUGCAGGUGGCUCCAGCAGGGGUAGUUGGAGGAGGUAACAGUGGAGGGCUUCUCUCCUCAUUCUAUUUUGUUAUCUGAAUGUUUUAAAAUGUUGAAUUUUCGACAUAUUAUUACUGUUCAAAAACAUUGACUUCACAGUAAGAAACAAGAAAGCAAUAAAGCAGAUAAUUCACA